GGUUUUCUCGGGGGACCAUUGAUGGCGGGACACACAACAGGGAAGUGAAUGCAGUCAGUGUAGAUGCUAUGGCGUGGGAAUACUGGUGCGUGUGGUGGAAAUGUUUGGUGGAGCAAAACCAGCGGGUACCUCGCGGCUUGCGGAGAUGUUGUGGAUGAAGACUGAGUCGAACCCAAAUUCAUCUUCAGCUUCAAGCAACGCAGGACCGCUAGUUCAAGUGACAUUUCAAAAGGACCCGAACCGAAAAAAGAAAUAUCUGGAGUCCGAACCCAAAGCACUUGGGUGCACUCAGAUUGUACUCGCAUUCUUCCUGGUGAACGCUGGUCUCCUCAAUGGGUCACUCUGGUGGAGUACUGUGGAAAUCAUAAAUGGAAUUUUUCCUAUUAUUGCUGGAAGUGUGGCCAUUGCAGCACAGAAUCUUUCCCUACGCACAUUUAGGGCCUGUUUGGGACUCCAGGUUUUCACCAGCAUAAUCUGUGGAGUCACCCUCCUGUGUAUGCUUGGCAUGUUAGAAGACAUGCAUCAUCAUGAUCCUUGCCGUUAUUGGACAUAUGAUGAGGUUAACGGAACUGUCUACGAAGCAUGUACAAUGUUGUUGCAAGUUGAGGACCAUUAUUCCGCUGGGACCAAAGUGGUCUUGGCCACAAUUCUCGGCAUCUCUAUCACCCUGGCGGCCUACUGCUGCAAAGUCAUCCAGUGCUGUUCUCCAGCCGGUUUUAUGCCUGUGAUCACUGUGAACGCACCUCCGGCCCCCGAAGUGAGAAGAGAAGACAGAGAGGGAGAGAGCCCAAGCGACGGAUAAGACUGUUGCCAAGGAUACAUCGAUUUCUAUCCACUAGCCUACGCUUCAUUUUACAUUUUCACAUUUAUUUUUAUACUUUAUACUUACCUUGUUUCCCCAAAAGGAAAAUUAAUUAAUAAUAUUCUUGAGAGUGACUUUCUCUCACUGACUUCACUUAAGCUGAUGAAAUAUAAACUACAAAAUACAAAAUUAUGUUAAAAAAAAGUUCUAUGGAACUUUACAUUGUUGUGAAACACAAGAUUUUUAUUGUUUUUUCAUUUUCAUCCAUUUUCAAUUGUAGUAGGCCUAGGCCUAUUGCAAAUUCUGAUAAUACUCCGAUUGGUGCUUUACUCCGAUUGUUCUGCACAUGUAACCACACUGUGUGUAAUCAUAUCAAAAUAUAUGUUUUGUUCUUUUUUAACAAAUAAAUCAAAUCAACUUAUAACUUC